ACCUACUAACAGGGGGAUUAUUUUUUGAAGUAAUUUAACCAGAAUUUGAAUGUGUCCAUCUGUAAUUACCCCCUUUUUGUGUGACACCUGGUUGGACGUAGCUUCAGUGGAGGAACUUUGGGCCCAGGAGGAGCUGCAUCAUUGAGCUACAGAGGGAGAAGACGCUUGCAACUUGGAGUAAAGGAGGAAAGCAGAAAUCAUGGGUGUGGGAAAGGAAGAUGUGGAAAAAUUCCUUCAGGAGAACCCUGCAUUUGCAAAAACAUAUUUUGCCAAGAAGCUGAGCCCUACAUCCAUAUCAAAGGUGUCAGGACUCCCAGAGAAACAAAUUGAUUUCAGCCAGUUUCAGGAGCUUGGUCAGAUUGAGGAAAGCCAACUGAUGUAUGACGUCAUCAAAGACAUGCAGGAAAAUGUCAACAUGGAGAAAGUGGUCUUCAAGAUCCUGAAGAGAAUCAGCGCUCUGAUCCACGCGGACCGCUGCAGCCUCUUCAUGUACCGGCAGCGGAACGGCAUUGGAGAGCUGGCCACCAGGCUCUUCAACGUCAACAUGGAUUCUGUGCUGGACGACUGUGUGGUGCAGCCAGACUCUGAGAUCGUCUACCCGCUGGACCUGGGAAUCGUGGGCAAUGUGGCGCUGACCAAGAAGAAUGUCAAUGUGAAAAAUGUCAAAGAGAGCCAGUACUUCAGCUCAUUUGUCGAUGAACUCACAGACUACGAGACCAGGAAUGUUCUUGCGGCGCCCAUCCUCAACGGCAAAGACAUGGUGGCGGUGAUCAUGGCCCUGAACAAAACCACGGGACCACAUUUCACUGCCGAGGAUGAGGAUCUCUUUCUGAAGUACCUGAAAAUUGCUUCUCUGAACUUAAAGAUCUUCCACCUGAGUUACCUUCACAACUGCGAGACACGUAAAGGCCAGCUUCUGCUGUGGUCUGCCAACAAAGUGUUUGAGGAGCUGACUGACAUCGAGCGACAGUUUCACAAAGCCUUGUACACGGUCCGAGCCUACCUCAACUGCGACCGCUACUCUGUUGGCUUGCUAGACAUGACGAAGGAAAAGGAGUUCUUUGACAUUUGGCCUGUGCUGAUGGGGGAGCAGGCACCAUACGCCGGCCCCGUGACUCCAGAUGGAAGGGAAGUGAUAUUCUACAAGGUGAUCGAUUAUAUCUUGCAUGGAAAAGAAGACAUCAAAGUCAUACCUAAUCCAACUGCAGAACACUGGGCCUUGCAAAGUGGCCUUCCCACCUACGUGGCCGAGAGUGGUUUUAUCUGUAACAUCAUGAACGCAGGAGCUGAUGAGACUUUCAAUUUUCAGACUGAGGCGCUGGACGACAGUGGCUGGACCAUAAAGAACGUUCUCUCACUUCCGAUUGUCAAUAAGAAAGAAGAGAUUGUUGGCGUGGCAACGUUUUACAACAGAAAAGAUGGAAAGCCUUUCGACGAUCACGACGAGCAGCUUAUGGAGGCUUUGACUCAGUUCCUGGGCUGGUCAGCUCUGAACACAGACACUUACGACAAGAUGAACAAACUGGAGAACCGGAAAGACAUCGCUCAGGACAUGGUGCUCUACCACGUCAAAUGUCGUGAUGAUGAGAUCCAGAAUGUUCUGAACACCAGAGAGCGCUACAACUGUGAACCUGCCGAGUGUGAAGAAGAUGAGCUCCUAGAUAUUCUGAAAAAAGAUCUUCCUCCUCUGAUCAAGAAGUUUGAAAUCUAUGAGUUUCGGUUUUCGGAUUUUAACUGCACAGAACUGGAUCUGGUGAAGUGUGGGAUCCAGAUGUACUAUGAAGUGGGGGUGGUCAAAAAGUUCCAGAUCCCUCAAGAGGUGCUGGUUCGCUUCAUGUACUCAGUCAGUAAGGGAUACAGAAAAAUCACCUACCACAACUGGCGGCACGGCUUCAACGUGGGACAGACCAUGUUUACUCUACUGACGACGGGGGCCCUGAAGCGAUACUACACUGACCUGGAGGUGAUGGCCAUGAUAACUGCAGGAUUCCUGCAUGAUAUUGACCACAGAGGGACAAACAACCUAUAUCAGGUCAAAUCUGGCAACCCUCUGGCCAAGCUGCAUGGCUCCUCCAUCCUAGAGCGACACCACCUCGAGUUUGGAAAGUUCCUUCUAUCGGACGAGUCUUUAAAUAUCUACCAAAACCUGAACAGACGACAGGUAGAUCAUGUGAUUCACCUCACAGACAUUGCUAUCAUCGCCACCGACCUGGCUCUUUACUUCAAGAAGAGAACGAUGUUCCAAAAGAUUGUGGACCUUUCCAAAACAUACGAGGAAGAGAAGAAGUGGGUGGACUUCAUGUCUCUGGAAACAACACGAAAAGAGAUUGUCAUGGCAAUGAUGAUGACUGCAUGUGACUUGUCAGCCAUCACAAAGCCCUGGGAAGUACAAAGCAAGGUUGCUUUAUCUGUGGCGGCAGAGUUUUGGGAGCAGGGUGACUUGGAGAGGACGGUGCUGGAACAACAACCCAUUCCCAUGAUGGACAGAAACAAAGCAGCCGAGCUUCCAAAACUCCAAUGCGGUUUCAUCGACUUUGUCUGUACUUUCGUCUACAAGGAGUUUUCUCGCUUUCACCCACAAAUUCAGCCAAUGCUGGACGGCAUUAUCAACAACAGGAAGGAGUGGAACGCCAAAAAAGAAGAGUACGAGGCGACACUCAAAGCUAUAGAAGAGGAGAAGGCUGCAAAGGAGGCAGCAAAGGCAGCCAAAGCUGCUCAAAACAAUUCCAGCGGUGGAGGUUCCAAGACGUGCUCUGUGUGCUAAAUAAAGCCUAAAGAAAUACUAUGGGACUGUAAAUAAACCCUCAGGACAAACCAAUCUAAAAAAUUGCCCGGACAACCUCAACCAACAAAAGCCCAGAGAUACAAGGGACCGUGUCGUGUCCGAAAAGAAAAACCUGAGUAUUUCAGUUUUGUUUAAAAAAAAAAAAAAAAAGAAAGCUGGUUUGACAUCAUUGAAGAACGACAAAAGAAGGUGAGAAAACUACGGGAUCACAAUAGAGACACAUCUGGAUCAAAGCUUACAUGAGAGCAAAUGAAUUUUAGAAUAUAUCGAUUUAUUUUUCUUUUGGAAGCAAAUCUUUUACAUUGAAUUCCCCUGUUUUAUUUUCUUUUGUAAAGCUUAUAAUUAAACUCCACCUAUAGGACAAAAGUGUAAAUAUUGAACGUAGCCAAAGAACCUCUUGUACAGUUUGUACCAGGAGUGACUGCUUAGUUAUUUUAUUUUUGUCUUUAUGAAAUGUGUGUGGAGAUCUGCUUCUCCAUAAACAUUGCAUUAAUGGGAAAAUUAUAUUAGAACUCAAAGAAAAAAAAACAACCUAUAGUCUAUAUUACAUAAGAUGACUUUUCUCUGGCAAAUGUUUACUUGUUCCACUAACUCACCAUUUUCCGUUGAGUUUGUUUACCUUGACAGUAAAGCGGUUAGCUCAUGAACAUACCUGUGACGUCUUAUUUGAUUGUUUAUACAUGUCUUAGAUUUUUAUUACCAGAAAGUCUGUAGAUGCAAACUGGUGACGCCUUUAUUCUGUGUUUAUACUGUUUGUCAGAGAAAGAGGCGGACACAAAGAAUGUCCUCUGAAAUGUCUGCAGGUAUAAGAUCCAGGAAAUCAGGCACUUCCUGAUUCAGCUUAUAACAAAGUUUAUCGAUGGUUUUUGAACUGAAGGACGGACAAGAACGUCCGUUUUCUGAGUGCAAGUUCACGAAAAAUGAAAUGAUUUUGAUCCCAGGGGUCGGCUUUAAAAAAAAAAAAAAAAAAAAAAA